AUGGACGGCCACAUGCUUUUAUUCAAAUGGUUUCUGACGUCCAACGAAGCGUUUGACCGAGAUUUGAGGGAGGUGCCGAAAGUUGUCUUGAGCGGGGCCAGCUUCAGUUGGUGCAGCUUUGCUAUCCUUUUGAGCAUCUGCUUCUUUGCCGGAUGGGUGACCCUCCAUUAUGCCCACGCUGGUGGUGGACCCGCGAGAUUGCAGAGGACGCUUGACAUGUGCACCAUGAGAGCGCGGUGCUGCAUGGAGUACAUAGAGGCACCCAGUUCAGAAGACAUGUCAAGUGAUGAGCCGCUGCUGAGCUUGUUGAGUGAGUACGAGGGGAGGGAGGAUCAAGAGGGCGAGUGCCAACAGGCAAUCGCAAACUAUGUUCGUUUGUGUUCGGUGGAAUGGAAGAGAGCCGAAAAGGAGUUGAGACAGUCCUGGGCCGGCAUUGCUGGAUGGUUAGACGUCGAGUGCCAAGAAACCUGGGGGGAGUACAGGAAAGAGUUCUUGCUCUUUGGACUAUUGCAUGGCUUGCUGGGCUUUGUGCGCACGCUGAUGUGGAGAGACAGCUUCCCGCAUGCUUGGGGCCUCUUGCAGAGUCGAGUUGCGAUGCAGGUAGGGCUCCAGGACUUUCAUGCAUAUCUUACAGAACACGGUUUCCAGGCAGGCAGCAGCAGGACAGUGCUUGACGACCCAUUCUUGGCAUAUGACUGGUGCCUGUCACUGUCCUUGGUGUUGCAGGCGCUGCUUUGGAUCCUGAUUCUUGCCUCCCUGUCUUGCGAGUUACAGAGCCGGAAGCAUACCAGCCAAGCUUUCAGCUUUGCCGCGGGUGCCGUUGCGGUGAUGUCGGGCUUGAGUGUUCUCGUCCCGAACUAUGCCAAGAUGACCAACCUCACAGAAGCGUUCAGGGGCUGCGGGCCGGAGUUUGAUCGCUUGAUGGAGUUUGCGGUCUCGGGCACACUUGGCAUGACCUUUGCAGUGCCGCUGGGCUUGCAAAUCUUCGGGGUUUUGCUCACGGUUCCCAUCUCCGCAGUGCGAGGCCUGUGGUUCAUCACGAUUCGGCCAGAGAUGCGCAACAAGCGUGCGUUGCAUACCGGGAUGUGGUUGGUAGCGUUCCUGAUCCCCUUCGUGACCAUAUUCCCACUGCUGUUUUUCACACAGCUCACCGAAGACUCUCAGUCGCAGGCGAUCAUCUACGUCUUCUGGCUUCUCCCCUCCCUCAGGAUCAUAAGUGCCGGAAAGACACGAAGUGAGACUUGGUUCUAUUUUGGGUGGCUCACGCUGUACUGCUUCCUGGUGGGCUGCUUCCUUGGACGGCAGUCCUGGAUCAUGAGUCUUGAUGUUCAGAGUGUGAUCCACCAUCUGGACGGACCCUGGCUCUGGUCAAUGAUGCAUGCAGACUUCUGUUUGACGAACGUGAUCAUCACCGAUUUGGUUUGUUUCGUCCUGGGGGACAUGGAAGAGGAGGAGGACGUUGAGGCAGAGCUGGAGCUGUCCAAAGCGUGCAUGGCAGUCUCGAAGAUGCCGGUCGGUGUCACAGACGAGAUGCAGAAUCUUCCUGGCUUUCAAUCCGCAAGGGUUGUGGAUGGCCACUCGAUUUUGGACUUUGCAUCUGAGGCUGAAGCUCGAGCAGCGUCCAGUCACGACUUGACAGACGGCAGGCUAGUGUCUUUAAGUUCACUCGUCAGUCUAGCCACCUCGCACUGA